UCUCUCUCUCACACACACACGCACACGCACAUGACGCACUCUCUCUUUCUCUAUUGUUUAAGAGAGAGAUGCUAUAUGCUUUUGCUCUUUUUUGUUCUCUUUCCUCACUCACACAUUAAAUACACAUUGUCACUGUUGUCUGUUGAGAGAGAGAAAGGCAGAGAGAGAGAGGGAGACGAACAUUGCCAUUAAGCUGAUCCAUUAGAAUGGGCUCUUCGUCGGGCCAGAGUAACAGCUACGAUCUGUCCUUCAAGAUCUUGUUGAUCGGGGACUCCGGCGUCGGCAAAAGCAGUCUUCUCGUCAGUUUCAUUUCAAAUUGUGUCGACGAUCUUACUCCUACAAUCGGAGUGGAUUUUAAAAUCAAGCUGCUAACAGUCGGCGGAAAGAAAUUGAAGCUUACAAUCUGGGAUACUGCUGGACAGGAGAAGUUCAGGACAUUGACAAGCUCUUAUUAUAGAGGUGCCCAGGGGAUCAUUCUUGUUUAUGAUGUGACAAGGAGAGAACCCUUCACAAACUUGUCAGAUGUGUGGGCCAAAGAAGUAGAACUAUACUCCACCAAUCAGGAUUGUGUGAAGAUGCUUGUUGGAAACAAAGUUGACAGAGAAUCUGAAAGGGUCGUAAGUAGGGAAGAAGGGGUUGCUCUUGCAGAAGAACUAGGAUGUUUAUUUCUAGAAUGCAGUGCUAAAACUAGAGAAAAUGUGGAACAAUGCUUUGAAGAGCUUGCGUUAAAGAUAAUGGAGGUUCCAAGACUUUUGGAAGAAGGAUCUACAGUGAAGAGAAACAUCUUAAAGCAGAGACCAGAAAACCAGGCACCUCCUAGUGGUGGUUGUUGCUCAUAAAACAUUGCAACAAAGGCCCCCUCCCCCUCAAUGGCACAUAUGCUGCGCUUUUUCCCCAAUGACAUCUAUCAGGUUAUGUACAUUAUGAUUUUCUUUUGUCCUUGGCGGCUGUGCUGGGGUAGCUUGUAAAAAAUUGUUUGUUUCUUCCAUUUUGUAUUUGUUAAUAAUCCUCACCUAGGUUGUCACAGAAACAAAAUCGCCUGUUUUGCAGGAUUUAAUGCUAAUUC